UAUUCUCUCCACUGAAAAAUAUGGAUGUCAAGACCAUAGGAGUAAACUGCUGUCAGUCCGCCCCCCUCCUCCGCACGGGCCCUUAACCAUGUCCACAGAUGACAGCGUCUCUGAGGACGUGUCCAGCUCGGGCCCUCUGAGCCACUGCCAGGUCAGCGCUGAUGGGGAUGGCGGCAAAGAGAGCGAGGUGUCUCUGCUGUCCUCCGAGGCAACCACCGCCUCCGGCCUGGUGGUCUCUGAGGACAGACGCUCGACCUCCCAACCAACGGGGGGCACCGUGGCCAGCCAGCCCGUGAAGAUCACACCAACAUGUGACAAGAUCAGGGGUCUGUGUCUGAGCACAGAGGAAGCCUUCGCUCCAGGAAGGAAUCUGCCGUUCAUCAACCCCAGCUCCCUUGAGACUCUGAGAGCCCUGGUGGAGGAGAUACGCAGCAGUGGCGAGAUGGACCCGGAGAUCUGGAAGGACUGUGAGGGCAGAUGGUUGCAUCUGUUCCAGCUGGUGGAGAAGCAAUACCAGGAACAAAUCCUCGCACAGCAAGAACAAUACCAGUGCCAAAUACAGUUAAUCCAGGAUGAAAUUAAAGCCCUUGUGCAGCUCCAGAACCGCCAGGCCAGCGUCCCUCCCCACUCGGACUUCCCCCAGACCCCGACCAUCAAAACGGGCGACGACGACACCAAGGACUUUAUUCUGCCCUUGGUCUCCACAGACUGCAGCUUCCCCACACGCGUGGCCAGUGACAGCGACAGCCUGGCCGCCCCCGCUCUCUCUCCGUUCAGCUCCCCCUCACCUCCGCCGCAGAGGUCAGAUGCCGCCCACCCGGGUGAGGAGCGAGCCACCACUGUACUCAGCAGCGGCUACGGGACACUGUCAGUGUGGGAAACAGAAGCUGAGCGGCAGUGGUCGGCCGGCAUCCAGGAAGACACGGAGACGGCCAUGAUGACACGACAAGAAGACGGCAAGGAGGAGCGCGACCCAUCACUCCACCAGCAGAGAACCACUAGCCAGGUGUUGACUUCCUGGGCUCUCAGGCACAAACUCCGACCCAAGAAGAGCAAAGCAGGACCUUCCCAAAUUCCGCCGUGUGAGGAUACCAAGUCAGACCAACCUCCAACUGAGGUCACAGACUCCCAGGAACGGCAUCCAGCACUUGCCUGGUCGUCUGGCUCUUUCCCAGCCAGGAGGGACAGCCUCUUGUCUGACGCGUCAGGCUUGACCUAUUGGCGUCUGAACGAGUGCGAUCUGUACCACCCGCUACCGGACAGCCUGGACAAUGGCGCUUACCUCCUGCAAGCUUCCACGGCUGAGCGUGAGGAUGGCUGCUCUGAUGUUGUCAAGGCUACACCGCCUGGCAUUUCUCUGCGAGAGAUCUACCAGCACAAGCAAAGGACGGAUGUGACACGUUCCCAGUGGGAGCGCUCUGACUCCCCCAGCCCUUUGCAGGCCGCGGCGCCCGCACGCCAGUUGGACUACUCCUCCGCUUUCCCGUCACCUUCCCGCUUCGCACCGCCUCUGACCCCUGACAGCAUGGUGCAAUACAGCGAGGUGUCCCAGGAAGUAACGCCCCCCUCCCAGGAUAAAACCUGCCUUGAGGUCACCGGAGCCCUCCAGGCCAACGAGGAAGUCAGCCACAGCAGCGCCGCCAAGCCUGGAUGGCCGCCUGGUGACGCUCACAGGAGCCCACAGUCGUCCUCGGUAGAAGAUCCCGUCAUUCUGUCCCUACUGAGACAGAACCUGAGAGAGAAGCACUCCCGCCACGUGGCCGACAUGAAGGCAUAUUAUGAGUCAGAGAUACAAGUCCUGCGAGACCAGCUGAACCUUCGAGGUCUGCCUGGAGAUUUAGAGCGGGGCAACCUGGUCUUGGCAGAGAGGUGUGAACGCCUGGAGAAAGCCCUGGAUAAAGCCACCAGACGUGUCCACGAGCUGGAGGCAUCCAACGUCUCUCUGGAGAAGAAGCUGGCCCAGUGGCCCGAGCGCUACGCUGUGGCGGGUGCGGCCAUGAAGUCGCUGCGUCAGCGACUGGACGAGAGCAAGCGCUGGGGCCGAGAGAAGGACGCCGCGGCUGCACGCUUGAAGGCACGCGCCAAGCAGCAGGAGGAGGCGGCGCUGAAGGCCCGGCGAGAGGUGGAGGAGAGCGAGGCCACCAGGGAGCGGGAGGGCAAGAUGAUGAAGGAGCUCCUGGGUGAAUAUGACGGUGUGGUGAAAGACAACCACAGACUCAAGAAUAACUUGUUGGCAACAGAGAGCAAACUUUCCCAGGCCAAUGAUGACAUAUCCGAGCUGAAGAGAACCAUCUCCAAACUGGAGUGCCAAGUCAGGCAGCUGGAGCAUGAGAACCAGGCCAGGAUCCGCCACGCACCCCAAAGUCUCUCCCAGUCAUCUGGAGCUGGCCUGUACCACCAUCCUGACCUGCUGCGCUCCCCCAGCAAAGGCAGCACAGAGCCGGAUGUCACCCGCAGGAGGUCACCUUGCCCGGAACCUGAUCCCCCAAGUCCAUUCCAAACCAGCCCACCCAGAGGCACGGAGACAGCCGGGCGGAGCCUGAGGUGUGCAUCCCCGCCAGGUUUAGAACACGUUUCACAACAGUCCAGCAGACAUCAGGAGGAGAACCCCACCCUGCGGGAGACCACACCCAGCCUUCUGACACCCAUCAUGAGGGCUCUGAUAGAGAUGGAGGAGACCAGAGCCACUGAGAGCAGAGCCCCUUGGCUGUCCAGUCCCAGACCCACACUGGGCGUGAUGGAGCUGAGGCACAAAUCGCUGCUGCAGGAGCGAGUGGACCGUCCAGCAGGAAGGGAGGCGGCAACGCUCACAGGAGGCGCGCCUGUGGCCGAGCGAAGCCCGCUCAGACCUCAGAGGAGUUUGUCUCCGGAUGGCCUCAGAUCGUCCUCGCUGCCUCCUCCGGGACUACGAAGCAUUGCCCCAACCACGCCCACAAAGAGAGAGACCUUGCUGGCUCCAUUGUCGGCUAAGUCCAGCCCCAAACGCUGUCCUACGGAGAACUACUCCACCGCUUUUGGUCACAUGAUGCCCAGAGAGGAACACCUGCACAAAAGGUCAGAUGUGGACCAGAGGCGGCAUUCGUUCCACAGCAGCAGCACCCCCAGGAAGAGGCUCCACUUUUCAUCCGGAGACGCCCACUCAGGGUGCGAGGAGGGCCAGCAGGAUGCCCAUGAGGACACCUCCCCUCCCCUUGGGGACCAAGUGCAGUCUCUGGCUGAGGCGGAGAGACUUUUGGACGAGCUGACGCAGGAGAAACUGCGGAUUGAGGCAGCUUUGAGUCGCAUGCCAGCAUCAAGCAGUCGGGUGAGCAUGCAGACCAGGUUGGACCAGGUGGCCUUAGAGGAGCGUCUGGAGAGGCUGAAUCAGGAUCUGGGCUCCAUACGCAUGACCCUGAAGAGAUUGCACGUCCUGCGCUCUUCUGCCAACACAUAGCAAUGUCUGUUUUUGCUACAAGGAGCAUCUUUUUUAUGCCUAUUUCACUCGGGGAACUUUUUGAUAUGUCUUUCGGAGUAUAUAUUUUUCGUAUGACACAGAUUUGUAGAUUCAUUGACUUUAUUUUGAAAGAAUCCACAGAUUUUUAAUGUUUGGAGCCAGCAGAGAACCUCUCUUUUGAACUACCCUCCUCUUUUUCAUUCUUUUCUUCUUGUUUACAUUCAUUUGGAGGCCAAAUGAGGGAAGGAAGUUGAUUUUACUUGAAGCUUUGUGUUGUUUAUUUGUUCACUUGACAUUCCCACUUAGUUUUUGCAGUAUGAAUUAUGAUUUUUUUGCCGGCAGGACUGGAGCCUUGCUGCGCUGAAGAAGGAGAAGCCAGCACACACAUUUUGUCAUCCGGACCUAUACAUAUUAUAUUACUACUGUUGCACAAUAAAUACAGCUUGUUUCAUAUUAUAAAUGAGACUAUUUAUAUGUCUUUCUUUUUAUUUGAGGCAAAUUGUUUGUUAAUUCCCUACA